AUGAAAGUUUUCGCACUUUUGGCCGUCGCUAUUGUGAUGUGUGUGGAGGCCGUCCCAUAUCACGGACACGUCAACACCGGCUCAUCAAAUGUCCACAGAUCUGAUGACGGUCACGGAAACUAUGCCUUUUCAUACGACGAAAACCACGCCAGCGGCGGAUCCUUCCGAAAGGAGAAGGGAGGACAUGGCGUUCAAGUCGGUUCAUACGGUCUGACCGAUCACGACGGCAGACAGCGAAUUGUCAACUAUGUGGCCGACGCUCACGGAUUCCGCGCUAGCAUUAAGACCAAUGAGCCCGGCGUUGACUCCAAAGAAGAUCCCGCAGACGUGUCCAUCAAUGGCGGUCACGGAAUCGUUUCUCACGGACCGGUUGUCGGAUACGCAAAGGCUGAGUACGGACACGGAGGUUAUAACCAUGGUGGUUACAACGGUGGUUACGGAAACGGUUACGGUUACGGAAACGGUGGUUAUGGUAACGGACACGGAAUCAGUGGCUCAUACGGUGUGAACAUCCAUCACGCCUCGUACGCCGAGCCAACCAAAGUGAUCGCUUAUGGUUACGGAGGACACGGAAAAUACUAA